CAGACAGUGCUUCUAAUGAACAGCGAGGGAGAAGACUAUCUCCCCAUCGCGCUGUAAAUAAAAGUUCUCCCAUCAAGGUCCGUGUGUAAGACCAUCGACCACACACAGUUUGAAGGAACAGUGCAGCACAUAGAAUCUACAGUUUCCGAGAAUGCCCAAAGCUCAGCCCGUCGUCCUCGAAAACGACGAAUUAUUUGGUACUCCUUUAGCAGUGACAGCGGUCUCUUCCUCCACGUAUAAGACAUGGGACAACCCAGAAUCAGAAUCUGAAAGUUGUUAUGAUCAAUAUUUGAAGCGGUCACUCGGCAACUACCUUUCACAAUGCCUCCAGGAAGUCGUGGAACUGAAGCCCAGAGAUCCGAUUGAGUUCAUAGCCAAAUAUCUUUACAAAUGUGUAGACAACGAGCACUAUCACAAGGAGAAAAUCUUGUUUCUCCAGAGCCUUGUGCAGCAGAAGCAGCUCCAAGAGAUGGAGGGAAAGCGAAGGCAGCUGGUUAUCAAGCAAAUGAUGGCUGGCGCAGAAGAACAAAAGAGAACAAUAAGACAGUUGAAACUGGCUGAGCUCAAUGACCUGAUGAUAACCCUCUCUUUAGAAUCAGACCCGCCAGAUAAAUCCUUGCUGUUCCGAGCCAAAGCUCUGGCGAGCGCCACGAGAGAUUCCUCAGUGGUAUCAGAACUAGAGAAGAUUGAGAAGCUCUCACUGUUCCCUAAAAGCAAGGGACGACGCAGUCGGUCAAGCAUGUCAAGCAUCAGCCAGAAGGCGGGCUCUGUAGAUGACGAGCAACUCAGGUCCAAAAAAGUAUCCAGGGACGAGGACGGGAAAGAACUCUGGGAUGGCUCACGCCAAUACCCGGAUGGAUCGGUGCAGAGAACUGACGGAGUUAUUUACCUUCCUGACGGCUCCGUUAAAUUUCCUGACGGCCUCACUACUUUCCCGGACGGCACAGUUCGAUUCCCGGACGGCACAGUACGACUUCCGGAUGGCCGAGUUUCAGAUCUUAAUUACGAAGGUGUUGAAAUAGACGAAGAUGGAACAAUUCAUUACUCUGAUGGAACUAUACGGCACCCAGACGGCACCGUUGUAUAUCCGGACGGAUCCGUCAGAUACCCGGAUGAGAACGGGGUCGUCAUUGAUCCCGACGGCACAAAGCGUUAUCCUGAUGGAACUGUGGAGCUUCCGAACGGGACCAUAAUCUAUCCUGACGGUAUGGUUCGUUACGGCGAGAAAGAUCCGCGCAAUAGAAUGAUGCAGAGGUUGGUCGACACCAAUUUAAAGAAGUACGACAUCCAAGAUUCAGCAAAAGCUGUGGCUCUGAGCCACGGCAUACGCCCGGUUCUUCCACCAAUACUUGCUGGCAGCAGUGAAGAGCAAUUGCCGAAUGGCGGAGUAAGAUUGCCGGAUGGCUCAAUACGAAAUCCGGACGGAACUAUCCUUCUUCUAGACGGAUCUGUGCAAUACCCUGGCGGCACUAGACGAUUUUCAGACGGCAAAACUCAAUUCCCCGAUGGCAGCAUCGUUUUUCCAGACGGCAGAGUGUCUGAACCCGAUAGGUUAUCAGUGGAGAUCGAUGAGGAGGGAAUUAUGCACUAUCCUGACGGUACGGUGCGAUUCCCGGACGGCAGAGUUCAAUACCCCGACGGUAAAAUAAGGUAUCCGGACAGAGAUGGUGUCGUCGAGGAUCCCGAUGGUACCUUACGGUACCCAGACGGAACACUGCUACUGCCCGACGGGACAAAACUGUUCCCAGAUGGUUCUGUCCUUUACCCGGACAAGGACCCUCGGAGAAAAAAGCUGGAGUACUUUGUCGACAACAAUGGUAAAAGAAAGAGACUUGAUUCAAUCCAAGGCAUCUCUCCAUCCAAGCAAGACUUGAUGUCUGCAAUGCAGGGCGGGAAAUUUAGAGUAAAUAAACGAGGUUUCCUAGAAUUUUAUGACAACGCUCUGGGAGUUCUAGCUCCAUCAGCGCCGAAACCAGCAGCAUUCAAAGUGGACGACCCCAAGUACUGGAUGUCUAAAGACUUCGCGUGUGAGUCCAUGUAUGACCACGAACUCUACACCGUCUGCAGCUUUGAGAUGCCAACCUAUCCUUCUGGAAUGAGGGCCAUGUCUAUAGAAGAUUUCAUUGGUCCGUUUGUCAGAGCCGCGUCUUCGAAAAAAUUGAAUGUCAGCCGUUCCCCUGCACAAAGUGGCUCCCCAAAGAAAGGCGUCUCCAAGAAGAAAGUGCAGUAAGACGAAGCUGAAACACAGUCAAUGCUGCCGCUUCAGGAUUCAGCGUACUCACGAAUCUGUUCCUCGAGUCUUAAAGCAUAUUUAAUUUUCGAAAGCUACUUUUAAGAGUAUUGCUAAAAGUUAGAAUAGAAACACUGCUCUGUAUCCCUGGUUCUUUUUCCAUGCGAUAAGCUCAAAGUAAAGAUAGUGACUUUUUUUUUGGUUGGCUGUACUUAAAGCUUCUUUUGAUAUCACUUUUUAAAAAAAACAAAUUUUGUGAAACACUGAAUUACAUCAUAAGAAUUACUUUCUAUUUCAAGUAGCUUUAGUACGCACUAGCUAGUGGCUUUGGUACGCACCAACUAGUAGCUUUGGUACGCACCAGUCAAGAAAUUUUGUUAGCAUUAGUAAAACAACAAAUGAUGUAAGUUUGGUUGUGGACUAAUUCUCCUUCAUACAUUGAUAUUUUUUAAAAUUGUAGACUAUUGGAGCAAUAAUUAUACAUCUUAUUGGUUCAUUUUCCAAUUAAUUUGUGCUGCAUUGAAUACAUCUGUAGACUGAAAGAAGCACCAGUGAGUAAACUGUCAUGCGUUGCUAGGUUACAAAGAUUAAUAGUCACACUUUUCUUUUAUAUUUUAGCACCAUCGGUUAGAAUUACAAUCAGAGUUACAUAGUUACAUAUCUGUAUACAAUUUUAUUAAUAUGACAUCUUAUUAUAAUGCAAAUGUUUUGAAACUUUUGAAACUUUAUUCCAGAUAGUUUUUUUGAAUAACUGUAUCUAAUCUAAGUCCACAUUUAAUUUCAAAUAUGUGCAACAUUUAGACUACAUGGGUGUUUAUUUAUAUAUGAAAACUCAUUUUAUGUUUUACAUCCGAGAACGUUCCGACCAUUUCCAGUAAUUCAAAUUAUAUUUGAGAAUGUUCCAACAUUUGUAGCAUUCCAUUCAAUGUUAUACUUUGAAAAUGUUUGAUUUUUUAGCACUAUUCCAUCUAAUGUCAUCAGUUAGUCAUCACGGUGUGCAUCUUACUUCCUACAUGACUGAAUGCAUUAAAUGUUCAUCUUGAUUAAUGCUAAUAAACAAAUUACACAAAC